AUGCAUCACACUGGCGGUGGCGGUGGUGGCGGUGGUGGUGGUGUCGGCGGUGUUGGAGGUGUUGGAGGUGGUGGCGGAGGUGCCGGUUACGGAGGCGGGCCGCAGGAGCGCGUUCACCAAGCUCCAAGACCGGUCCAGCCUGAUCAAAAGUGUCCCUACGAGACCUACCAGGCGCAAAUCCCGGACUGCUGCGCGGCUGCGGUAGCGGCACAAGAUCCGUACCCACGGCCGCCCAGUGGCUACGACGCCAGGUGCUACGACGAGUGCCAUCGCAGGACGCCGUAUCAAGAAGAGUCCUACCCUCAGGAUGUAUCCUCGACAUUCCACCGGUCCCAGUCUAGACUGGGCUACGAGGAACGUCCUCAGUCCCGGGUGGGAUACGCCUCGGAUUCCAGGUGCGCCAGCGGGCUCGGAUACGACGACACCGGUGGGGGUUACCUGGAUCAGAGUGACCCGAGAAUGUAUUGCACCGGCGGCUAUUGCAUGGGAGAUACGAUGAUGGCGACGAGCAGAGGCGUAUGUGGCGAAGAGGUCGAACUCGACAUGCGGAGGCACAUUCAGGCAUGCGCCUGCACAUGCAACCACAUGGGCUAUGGAAAUUACAUGGACUAUCAGACCACGUGCCUAACAGAACUGCCAGACGUGGCGCCUUGCAACGGCACCGUGCGAUUACCGCCACCGUGCGAGGACUCGCCUAGCAGCGGCAGCAGCAAGGAUCGCAGAGACGAGAGUCCUCGCAGGAGAUGUCGGGUGUUGGCGCCUGUCCUGCUCUUAAUGGUCGUCCUGCUCCUCGGAGGCCUCUGUCUACCGUUUCUACUACAAUCCGCGCCUGCCACGCACCAGCAGAGGCUGGACGUGAUCAGGAGGAUUCUCACUGAAGUGCCUCUGAUCGACGGGCACAACGAUUUGCCCUGGAACGUCAGAAAGUUCGUACACAAUCAACUUGGCGAAGUCAACCUGAGCAGUGAUCUCGGUAGGGUUGACCCAUGGGCCAGAUCAGACUGGAGUCACACGGACAUCCCUAGAUUACGCGCUGGCCUCGUCGGUGCACAG